GCCAAUCUUCCGUGAUGCUGCACGCGAGGAUCGUCACGGCGUCGCGCCGCGUCGUCGAGACGCGGCUGCUCCCCGGGCCGCACGGAACGUCCGGACGCGCGAUAGGCGAUCGCGCCCUCAACCGCGGUCAGGUGUCGCGCGAGGUUAUGCGCGAGAACUACCUGAGGAUGCUCGACAAGUGCAAGUCGAAAAAGUUGCCGCAAGAUGUGAAUCCCAAGGGCGUGUUCGCCUGCAACGAGCUCGACUUGAAGGAGGUCCAGGUCUAUGGAUUCGAUUACGAUUACACGCUGGCGUGCUAUAAGCCGUCUAUGGACUACCUGCUUUACAACCUUGGACGCGACAUGCUCAUUAAAAAAUACAAGUAUCCUGAGGGGAUUGCCAAUCUGGAGUACAGAGAAAAUUUCGCCGUCCGCGGCCUCCAUUACGACAUCGAGAAGGGUCUCCUGCUGAAGCUCGACAGCUUCUUGCAAAUUCAAUUGGGCGCCGUUUAUCGUGGCUUGCAUCCCAUGCCCGACGAGGAGGUCCUUCGAAUCUACAAGAACAGGAUAAUACCGAUAGCUUACGUGGAGGCGCCCCAUAAACACUCUCACGAUGCUUUACAUCGCUCGAAAAUGGUGCAAUUAGCCGAUUUGUUUUCGGUACCGGAAAUGAGUUUGUUAUGCAACGUCACGGAGUAUUUUCUACAGAAUCACAUUGAUUACCAUCCGGAGAUACUGUUUAGAGACGUUAAGAACUCUGUGCAAAGCUGCCAUCCUAUAAUGCAUCAACUAGUAGUGGAAAACGUGUCCGAAUACCUGGAACAGAAUAAAGAUUUGAGGAGAUUUUUCGAUCGCCUUCGAAAGGCCGGCAAGAAGAUGUUCCUGGUUACAAACAGUCCUUUCCAUUUCGUUAACAAAGGAAUGCAAUUUCUGGUCGGCGAAAAUUGGAAGAAUUACUUCGACGUGGUGAUCGUACAAGCGAGAAAACCAAGAUUCUUCACCGAAGAAACGCGUCCCUUGAGAAUCUACGACGAAGUUAAACAGACGCAAUUGUGGGACCGGGUUACUAAACUCAAUCAGGGUGUCAUAUAUCUUGAGGGAACAGUUAAGCAGUUGCAAGAUAUGACCGGAUGGCAAGGGCAUCAAGUACUGUACUUUGGCGAUCAUCCAUACAGCGACCUGGCGGAUGUGACUUUAGAGCAUGGCUGGCGAACGGGGGCGAUAAUAAAGGAAUUGACGCACGAAAUCGAAACCCUGAAUGACCCGAAGUUCAAAGAAAACGCGAACUGGCUCCAGAUGUUAACCGGUCUAGUUGAGGAACAUCAGGAUUAUGAAGGACCUGAGGUGCAAAAUGAGCUGGACGAGUGGAUGAGGGAACGGGAUGAGUUGAGAAACGAGAUUAAAUCUGUCUUCAACAAACAAUUCGGCUCGGUGUUCAGAACAUAUCACAAUCCGACUUACUUCUCCAGAAGACUGUUUAGAUUCGCCGACAUCUACAUGAGCUCGAUCACGAACCUGUUAGAAUACUCCACAAGUCACACGUUUUAUCCUAGGAGAGGUGUGAUGCCUCACGAGUACACUAGCUACUUCGUAUAAAACGUCUAUGUUUUUAGAGGUAUUCGUUGUUCCUUUAUGUAAGUAGUUUUAGAGCGUACAAUCAAAUUUCGCGAAGAGAAACAGUAUAUUUUCGAGCAUGAGAAAAGGCCUGAUAUAUUCGACGUCAUAAAGCCUUCGUAACAGAGAAUUGCUAGUUCCGCGCAAAAUACUUCCGCCUUAUUAUUAGAUAUGCAUGCAUAAUUUACGCGUACAUGCAAUGUAAAUCUAUAUCGAUCAACGUUAAUGCGCUUUUACAGCCACGUAGUUACAGGUAAUCUGCAUCGAAAUGUAAUAUAUGUAAACGUGAUAAAACGGACGGGCAUAUAUAGAUCACGAAGACUCUUACGUUAUUGUUAUUACCAUGACAAUAGCCGUAUUAUGUAAAAUUAAGUGUGAUACAUCACGUUGUAAGGAGCAAAAUGCAUAGAAUAGGAAACGGCGCGAAAGUCGAGCAGCUAUACGUAAAGUAUUAUUGAACUACGGAGACUCGUUGAAUAUUUUGAGAUUUAAUUAGAAUUUAUUUUUCGUAAAUUACGUAAGGUAAAAAGAUAAUGCGCUUUUGCGUAAUUAGAAUGAAAUAUGAAUUUUGAAGAGGAUGCCAAUUAAGAUCAUGUCGAUAUUCAAUUAUUUUUGCAAAGAGAUUGAUAUUUCAUCGUUAAUCUAUAUAAUGAAUUUAAAAUUUGACUUGUAAUAUAUUUAUGAAUAUGCCACAUAUCUAGACGAACAAGUACAAACGUAUCGCGCGCAUGCAAUUUAAUUUUCAAUCAGAAUUUAUAAAUCAAAUUAAAAAUUGCAGUUUAAUUGAUAUUAUUAUAUUGAUAU